GGCGCCGCUUCGCCCUGCCUUUGCGCUGAUUGGCUCCGCAGCCGGAAGUGGCGGCGGCGGUCCGGCGUGGUGGAGAUGGAGGGCGGCGUUUCGGGGCGCACGGACCCGUUUCCUGGGCCUGCCCCGGUGCCGAAGCCCAGAGUGAAGCGAUUCCUCAGGGGGGCGGCGGAAAAGGCGCCCCGCCCCGUGACCCCUCGUCUCCGGUGGCACCUGAAAAACUUGGAAAAGCAGGAAAAAGAGGCGGCUGAAAAAGCAGCUCGAUGGGAGCCCCUCCUGCCCGAGGAGCCGGGGUUCCUGGAGGUGGAAGAGGGGGAGGAUCCCACGACCAUCUCCCAGCGGGAAAUCGCCGAUGCCGUGGACGUGGCCAGCGCCAGCAAGCACUUUGAGCUGCGCCUGGAACAGUUCGGGCCCUACAGGGUGGAUUACACACGGAAUGGCAGGUUCCUGCUGCUGGGGGGUGCCCGAGGCCACGUGGCCGCCCUGGACUGGAACUCGAAGCGGCUCCUGAGCGAGUUCAACGUCCUGGAGACCAUCAACGACCUCACGUGGCUGCACAGCGAGUCCCUGCUGGCGGUGGCGCAGCGCCGGUGGCUGCAGGUGUACGACAGCCAGGGGCUGGAGCUGCACGUUCUGCGCCGCUUCCCGGGGGUGCUGCGCCUCCAGUUCCUGCCCUUCCACUUCCUGCUCGUCACUGCCAGCGAGCGGGGGCUGCUGCAGUUCCUGGACGUGUCGGUGGGCCAGGAGGUGUCGACGCUCCGGCCCCGCCGGGGCCGCCUGGCCGUGAUGGCCCAAAACCCCCACAACGCCCUCGUGCACCUGGGACACCCCAACGGCACGGUGUCCGUGUGGAGCCCCAACAUCGAGGAGCCCGUGUCCCAGAUCCUGGCGCACCGCGGGGCCGUGCGGGCGGUGGCCGUCGAUCCCACCGGCAGGUUGAUGGCCACAUCGGGGCUGGACCGGAAGCUGCGGAUUUUCGACCUGCGGAAUUGGGGGGUCCUGCACGAGUGGGGGGUCCCAGCGGGGGCUGCCGACCUGGAAUUCAGCCAGAGGGGGCUCCUGGCGGCCACCUGCGGGGACCUGGUGCAGGUGUACCCCGGGGUGGGCACAGGGGAUGCCCCCCGGCCCUUCCUGCAGCACCGACCCCCCAAACCCCCCCAGUGUUUGAGGUUCUGCCCCUUCGAGGACGUGCUGGGGGUGGGGCACGGGGGCUUCUCCAGCCUGCUCGUGCCAGGGGCGGGGGAGCCCAAUUUUGACGCCCUGGAGAACAAUCCCUUCCGGAGCCGGAGGCAGCGCCAGGAGUGGGAGGUGAAGGCGCUGCUGGAGAAGAUUCCAUCCGAGCUGAUCACCCCAGACCCUUCCUUGCUGUCCCUGGUGGACACAGCCGGGCUGGAGCAGAAGCACCAGGAGAGGAUCCAGCGCCUGGGCUACGACCCCCAUUCCAAGCCCAAAUUCCGGCCCCGGAGGAAGGCGAAGGGUCGGGACCCCCAGCACAGGAAGCGCCAAGUGGCCCACCAGGAGCUCAGGGCCCAAAUCCGUCAGAGUUUGGAGGAGAAGGAGAAGAGGGAGGAGGAGCCCCACAAAAAGAGGGGGAAGAAGGGGAUGGACCCCCCAAAAAAGAAGGGCAAGGGAGCAAAGGGCAUCCCUGCCCCCAAAAAAGGGGUCCCUGCCCUCAAAAAGGGGGGCCCCCCUCAAAAAAAAGGGGCCCUGGAGCGGUUCAAGAAAUAAAUUGGGGA